AUGGAUCGUGCUGUAUAUUUUUUGAUUAUUUAUGGAUGUAUAGCGGCAGCUAACACGAUUUUUACCUGCAUUAGAGCUUUCCUUUUCGCUUAUGGUGGUAUUCAAGCAGCAAGACAUCUUCAUGCCAAUCUUCUACACAAACUUCUCAAGGCUUCGGCAUCAUGGUGGGAUCGCACUCCAUCUGGUCGUGUUAUAAAUCGGAUUUGUUCAGAUGUAUACACCUGUGACGAUAAUUUGCCUUUCCAGCUGAAUAUCCUUCUUGCCUCUUUCUUCAAUCUUAUUGGUACGAUGGUAAUCACAAUCAUGGGUCUCCCACUAAUGACACCGAUUAUUCUUCUCUUACUGACCAUUUACUACUUUAUCCAAAAAUAUUACAGACUUACCACUGUGGAACUGAAACGACUUACUUCUCUAAGUUUAUCACCAUUCUAUUCCCAUUUGAGCGAUACCGUAAAUGGACUUGUUACUAUUCGAGCACAGCGAUUUGUUGAUAGAUUUGCAAAAGAACUGCGCGAGAGACUUACCGUAAACUUGAGAGCCCAGUUCUCGUCGUUAGCUGCAACACAGUGGUUAUCCAUACGUCUAUCGUUGAUCGCUGUUGGGAUUGUAGCAACCAUAGCCAUAUCAGCC